UUCCAAAAGAAUUGGUGGAGCUUCACUUGAAACUGAUGAGAAAGAUUGGGAAGUCUGUCACAGCAGACAGAUGGGAAAAAUAUUUGAUCAAGAUAUGCCAAGAAUUCAACAGCACUUGGGCUUGGGAGAUGGAAAAAAAAGGAUACUUAGAAAUGAGUGUUGAAUGCAAACUGGGGAUUCUGAAGUAUCUCUGUGAAUGUCAGUUUGAUGACAAUCUAAAAUUUAAGAAUAUAAUUAAUGAGGAAGAUGCUGAUGCCAUGCGUCUUCAGCCCAUUGGUCGAGACAAGGAUGGCCUGAUGUAUUGGUAUCAGCUGGACCAAGAGCAUAACGUCAGGAUGUACAUAGAAGAACAGGAUGACCAGGAUGGAUCCACGUGGAAGUGCAUUGUUAGAAACCGCAAUGAGCUUGCCGAGACCCUUGAGCUCUUGAAAGCACAAAUUGAUCCUGCCCUGUUGAAAACCAACAAUUCUCAGCAGGAGAAUUCAUCACGUGAAAGCCCAAGCAUAGAAGAUGAAGACACCAAAAAGGGUGAAGAAGCAUCUACACAAGAAAAUCAAUUAAAAAUCAAAGAAGAAAAAGAGGAGGUGGAGGAGCAGUCAAUGGAAUCAGAAAGCCUUCCUCUUCCUGUGGUCAAAGAAGAUGAAAAUACGCUGAAAAUUGAGACAGUGGAAGAAAAAGAGAUUAUAAAAUUGCCAGUAAUAGUAAAAUUAGAGAAACCUUCAGAAUACAAUGAAGAAAAGCAAACUGUCAAAGAAGAAAGUGACUCCUUUAAAGAAAAUGUCAAGCCUGUUAAAGUAGAGGUGAAAGAGAACAAAACAGAACCAAAAGACUUAAAAGAAGUAAAAAGUUGUACGGACAGAAUAGCAGUUCACGAGCCGGAGAGGUUAGAAUUUUGUGUCAAUGUCAAAACUCCCCAAGAAAUUGUGGAGAAAUCUGUGGAAGAAAGUGAGAAACUUAAAAAUGACCAGCAGGCAAAAAUCCCACUUAAAAAGCGAGAGAUCAAGCUGACGGAUGACUACGACAGUCCGUUAAAGGGGCCCCUAUGUAAGUGUGUUACUCCAACAAAGGAUGUCUUGAAGGAAGAAGGGAAACCAGAAGAAGAAGCUUUUAAGAGAGUCCCUACAAUUACUGCUUUAUGUCCUGAUGGGAAAGUGCUAGUAAAUGGAGAGGUUAGCUGUGAAAAAAUAACUCCAAGUGUCAUACAAAAUAAUAAGUCGGAACACUCUGCUUGCACAAAGGAAGACAGCAGCUCAUUAAAAGAGAAAAAUGGAAAAAGUGGGGAAAAGGUACAGGACUCUCUAAAUUCUGUUAGUAAAAUCAUAAAAGCGUGCGAGGUUGAGAAAAAUGCAGUAACUGUGGUGAAAGAAAUAGGGGCUGUGGUCUCUGAGGUUUCUAAUCAGAAAGUGCCUUUAAAGGAGGAAUCUAGUCCUGUGGAAAUAGAGUCCCUUGACAGCACGACUGCCGAAACGGUAGUGGAAGAGUCUUCAAACUCUGAAGACUGUGCCAAAACAACUGAAGAGAAACUAGCCACGAAAAUCAAAAAGGACAGACUACCACCACCCAAAGAAUGUUUAGAGAAGCUCGAGAAGUCCACAAAUGCAUCUGCUCCUGCAGAACUGCCCAAGCUUACGCUGUCUGAUGAAGAGACUUUGAAAAGUAAAGGGGAGUCUGAGGAGCAACCCGAUUCUCCAAAAGCUGCUGAGAUGCCCCCUGCAUCUACUUCUCCUGUUAAUUUAGAGAAGCCUGUUUUGGAAAAGGAGGGCUCUGAUAGUAAACCAGCUCUACCUGAGGAGAGCAAAGUAGAAGAAAAACCCAGCCCUGAAGAACAAGAGGGAGAGCCGGAAGCUGCCAAGACAGAGCCAGAUGGAUUAGACGAUGCCCAUGCUUCUAAUCUGGAGGACUCAUCGGAGAGUAAAAAGGAAUCUCCGCUACCUAAAAGCAAAUUUAAAUAUAAGCUGGUUUCUGAAGAAGAAAGCUGUGCAACAGAUAAUAAAGAAAUAACUUCUGAAAGACAAAAAGAAGGAAUUAAAUUAACAAUCAGGAUAUCCAGUCGGAAGAGAAAGACAGAAACACCACCAGAAGAGGUCAGCAUUGGCCGCACAUUAAGGCGAUCUCCGAGAAUAUCCAAGCCUACUCCAAAAGUUGUGGAGACUCGGGAUCAGAAGCCUGACAAAAAACGACCUGAAGAGGAAGAGGAGAAACCUGCAGCAACACAAAAACCGGAACGAAAAGAAGAUGCAAAAAAACAAGAGAAGGAGUCAAAUUCUAAGGUUAACAAGAGAAGCAAAGUUCGGUGGACGGGUACGCGAACGCGUGGCAGGUGGAAAUACUCAAGUAAUGAAGAAAGUGAGGACUCAGAGAGUGAAAAAAACUCUGAUGAGGAGGAGGAAGAGGAAGAAGAGGAGGAAGAAGAAGCUGCACCUGCUGAUGACGAUGAGCCAUGCAAGAAGUGUGGCCUUCCCAAUCACCCAGAGCUGAUUUUGUUGUGCGACUCUUGUGACAGUGGGUACCACACAGCCUGCCUUCGCCCUCCUUUGAUGAUAAUCCCUGAUGGAGAGUGGUUCUGCCCACCUUGCCAGCACAAAUUACUCUGUGAGAAAUUAGAAGAACAAUUACAAGAUCUGGAUGUUGUCUUAAAAAAGAAGGAGCGUGCAGAACGCAGAAAAGAGCGAUUGGUGUAUGUGGGUAUCAGUAUUGAGAACAUCAUUCCACCUCAGGAGCCAGAAAUACCUGAAGGUCAGGAAGAAAAGAAGAAAGAUUCCAAAAAGCCAAAAUCAAAGCUGCUUGAAAGGAGAUCUACCAGAACCCGAAAAUGCAUAAGCUACAGGUUUGAUGAAUUUGAUGAGGCAAUUGAUGAGGCAAUUGAAGAUGAUAUCAAGGAGGCUGAUGGAGGAGGUAUUGGGAGAGGCAAAGACAUGUCUAAUAUCACAGGUCACCGUGGAAAAGACAUUUCCACAAUCCUAGAGGAAGAAAGGAAAGAAAACAAGCGACCACAAAGGGCUGCUGCAGCACGACGCAAGAAACGACGGCGACUAAACGACCUUGAUAGUGAUAGUAAUCUGGAUGAAGAAGAGAGCGAGGAUGAAUUCAAGAUCAGUGAUGGAUCUCAGGACGAGUUUGUUAUAUCAGAGGAAAAUCUGGAUGAAAGUGAAGAUGACCCACCAUCAAACGAAGACAGUGAUUCCGAGUUCUGUGCCCGCAUAUCCAGGAGACACCUCUCCAGGCCCAUGAGGCAAAGCAGGCGGUUACGAAGGAAAACAGUCAAGAAAAAAUAUUCUGAAGAUGACGAAGAUGAAGAUUCUGAAGACAAUUCAAGCAGAGAAUCUGAGAGUGGCGAUUACACAGAUUACAGUGAUGACGAUUACCUGGAAACUAGGAGGAGAAGAUCAAGACGGAAUCAGAAGAGACAAGUUAAUUAUAAGGAAGAUUCAGAAAGCGAUGGCUCACAGAAAAGUGUCCGAUAUGGGAAGGAGUUAAGAAGAGUUCAUAAACGCAGGCUCUCCACUUCAGAUAGUGAAG